CUGCACGGAGUCUCCGCCGUCAGCUCACCGCAGUCCGGAUCCUUCGCUCUCAUUAAAGAUGUUUGGAGGACCUGAUGAUGAGAUUCAAAAGCCUCAGAAGACAAGAAAAGUUCACAUGAUGCUCGGAUGCGAUGUGUUGGUUAGUUAGCACUUCCUGUGGCGAUGUGAGAGACAUAAAGAAGAAAGUUACUGAUGACUCAUGGCGACAAUGUCCCAAACAUGGUCCUUCUUCACUGUUGUCACGGUGUUGGCUGUGCAGCUUUGCAUUGGGCAGAAAUCCUGUACCACCUGGUCCAGUGCUGGAUCUAUGGUGCAGCGAGGCUCCAGUUUUAAAGUGUACUGCACCUUCAACUGUAAGUGCAAGGGAUCCAUGUACAGCGGCCAUCCGCCCACACAACAGAGCCACAGUGUGAGCAAUUCUACAACUAUAUACUUUAAUGUGGUGAACAUAACCAAGAACAGGACAUUCAGCUGUCAGUGCAAAUGUCCCCGUGCUACGGACCCCUGUGGACUGGACAUUUCCACUGGAUAUCUUCCCGAGCGCCCCAAAAUUAUUUCCUGCAUCUACAAGGUCAAAUAUAAAGAAGGGGGAGACGUGUUCUGCACCUGGAACGCAGGACGAGAUACUUUACUGAAGAACAGUUCGGUGUUGUGGGUGAGAAAUGCAUCUAGAAACCACACAGAUGAACCAGUGCCAUACAAAGGCUCCAGUAAGGGAACUGAUUCACACUCUGCCAGUUUCACUGUGUCUGGCUCCAUCCAGCUGAUCUCUGUGUGGGUCCAAACCCAAAACGCACUGGGCUCUGCAGUGUCCGUCACCAUCAACUACACACUCAGUGACAUCGCGAUGCCGUCAGCUCCUGUUCUUAGCCAGCUGAAGUGCUCUUCCCGAGUGUGCAUCGUAACAGUGGAACAACCUGCUGGGACUCAGUACCUGGAGAUCCAACAUGGAGCAGGGGCACAGACGUGGACAUCUUCAUACUCAGGUUUGCAGAUGAGUGCUGUGCAGGUUGGGUCCUUUCUGGAGCCCUACAGGUUGUACCAUUUCACAGCCAGAUCCAAAUUCAGCACCGGCCUGUGGAGCGAGUGGAGUGCGAGUGUUUCCAGCUGGACUCAAGAAGAAGCUCCGGCCAAAGAGUUGGAUAUGUGGUAUGCUGAACCAGCCUCUGACUUUAACUCCCUGAGAGUUUAUUGGAAGGAGCCGAACAUUUCCAUCUCCAGGGGGAAAAUCACAGAGUACAAAGUCAGCGUUUACAGCCAAAACUCUGGGCUGAUCAGCUUUAAUAACACAAGUGCUGAUACGAGGAAUUAUUCGGUCCCGUUCUGUGUCGACUGUGAAGUGACAGUGUGGGCUUGUAACUCCAAAGGACCGUCACCUCCUGCCAGAAUUUCAGUCCAUCAUACAAAAGUGAAAGUGAGGCAGCUGCAGCCUCCUCAGGAUGUGCGAGUAACUGCAGACAAGCAAAGUGUCACCAUCUCCUGGAGGAAACACGACACUGCACCACCUGACUCGGAGUACGUGGUGGAGUGGUUCCCAGAGGGCCACAAGCUGGAGGAGCUCAGAUGGGUCCGACUGGGCAGGAACGACAACCACACUGUUGUUACAGAUAUUAAGCCUUUUGAGUGCUACGAGGGAGCUGUGCAUGUUUUCUAUAAUGGGAGCUCAGUGAGUAGGACCAGAUUUACAGGUGUCGCCACUCUGACAUCAGUGCCAGCAGUUGUUCCGUCAGUCCAGGAGAUGGUUGAAGGAAACAAAGUGAAAGUGACUUGGAAAGAGAUUCCCAGGGGUCAGCGUGGGGGCUGCGUCACCAAGUAUACCAUCUAUUUAGACGACGACAGUGAACACCAGCAGACUUACUCUAUACCAGCAUCAGAGAGGAUGCACAUCAUCAAAGACCUGCCUCCAGCUGUCUACAGCCUGUGGAUGACUGCUUCAACUGCUGCAGGAGAAGGCGCUGCAAGUCCAAAUGUCAAGUUUUUCAUCCAGCAGGAGACCCAGCUAUCCCCACUAAUAGUGUCUGCAGUGGCUGCCCCGAUUGCGAUAAUUCUGGUGUGUCUGUACCACUGUUCAGCAGUAAAGGAGAGGUUUUGGGUGUAUUUCCAGUGCCUCAUGCUCGAUAAUGUGCCAGAUCCUGCAAACAGCAAGUGGGCUAAAGAGUGCAUUCAGGAGAAGGGCAAGAUGAACUUCCAGGUGCAGCCGAGCAACUCCACUGUAACAGAGGAGGAAGAAGAGCCCAUCCUGGCAGAUGUGGAGGAGGUGCCCCAGCAGAACAGCGACAUUUCCACACCUACCGACGUCUCUUCGCAGCUCCAGUCUAGAACCACCUUAAGCUCCGGGACGGAGCCAGCCACACUGCUCUACCCUCUGACCACGUACAUCAAGAGCUUCUCCCACGACUCCGACAGCUCCGGCCACACGCAAACCUCUCUGGACACCAACACAACCGUUGACUACAUGUCUUCACACGAGCCAGGAAAUGUGGACGAGGAAUAUCAGGAGGAUGAUGAGUUUGAAGAGAUGCUGGGUUUCUUCCCCAGUCACAACAUCUUCAUCCAGCCGCUGGAGUUUGAAGGGAAAUUGACUUUGAAUGCGGUCAAAAUUGACUGCAGUAACUUCCUUCAGGACAGUUAGUGUUCACCUGAAACCAGAACUCUUUGGUGAGAUGAGGUUUGAGUGAAAACAGGACAGGUGACUUGAGAUGGUGAAUGGACUCUUGUUUUCUGCUUUUGUGUCUUUUUUGGCAUCUUGCUGAGAUGUGCAUGAACUACCUCCUUGCUCACUGAAAUCAGAACUAUAACAAAAAGCUGUCUCGCUGAAGUCUUCCAGAGCUGUUGGGCAGUAAAAAAAAAUACUUUUUAAAAAAAAAAUUGAUGCAUUAAAAUUGUUUUCUCUUCAGAGCAGCAUCAAACACACUAAUAUCAUGACCAAAACUAAACCGCUACCGCUACGAUUGUAUGAAUCCGCGCUCCAGUAAAGUUGCACUUACAGUUAACAACCAUUUUUCAAGAUGAUGACCGAAGGUUCUUGAGUUGUGGCCAAAAACAUGUUGAAUGAGGUCGCCGUGACCUUAGCCCUAAACCACCAGAUUCUCAUCGUUUAUUCUUGAGUCCAAGAGGACGUUUGUGCCAAAUUGGAGGAAACUCCCUUCAAGGCCACCUUUAAAUA